AUGCUGUCCAGAGCCUUCACGAAGCCCAGCAGCCACAAGCAGAGCCCCAGAAACGAUGAGCAGCAGAGCCACAGAUCAGUGUCCAUUCAUGAGUACGAGGACUGCAUCUUCGGCUUCAUGGACAUCGACGUGCCCUUGAUCGUCUGCGACGGGCAUGACCGGGAUGCCGGCGGCGAGGCGGCGUACUUGACGCUGAGGGAGGUGUUGAGGGCGUCGGUCGGGAUGAUCGGCGAGGGCCUGCUGGGGAUGACGGAGAAGGUGGUGCUAGACCGCGGUAGGGUUUGCGCGGUGAAGAGGUUCCGGAAGUUGAGCGUUCGUAGAGGCGAGUUCGGGCGGAGCAUCCAGCGGCUGGCGCUGGCGAGCCGGCGUUGCCAAUAUCUGGUGCCGGUGAGGGCGUACAUGUAUGCCAAGAGGAUGAAGUUCGUCGUCUCCGAUUACUAUCCCAUGGGAAGCCUCGCCGACUUGCUUGAUGGUGCCAGAAAACAUGGGCACACAGCUCUGGGUUGGAAUCAGAGGCUGACCAUAAUCCUCAACAUAUCCCUGGCCAUUGCCUUCAUCCAUUCCCAGUCUCCAGGCCAAGACAAGCGCCUCCCCAUGAACGUCCAUGGCAACAUCAAGCCCUCCAACGUCCUCAUCAACGUCGACUUCACCGCCUGCCUCUCCGACUACGGCCUCGCCCAGCUGGCGGAGCGCCUGGAAGUUUCCGACACCAGCUGGCAGCUCAAGCCGCCCCCUCGGCCCCCCCAACCCGCGCCUUGCGCCACCGCCCUCUCCCAGGAGAACGACAUCUACAACUUUGGGGUCAUAAUGUUGGACUUGCUUGGAGGGAUUAAGUCUAUGAAAAGAUGCAGCAAAGAGGAGAGAGUAGAGAUUAGAAGGGGGAAGUUUGAUCUUCUUGAGGCUCCAAUGGAAGGGAAAGGGAGAGAGGAAGCCAUGAAGGUUUUCGAGGUUGCAUUGGCUUGCACCGAUCCAUCCCCUGAGGCUAGGCCUUCCAUAGAUCGCCUACUCUUCGACUUGGGGAAUGUAUGCUAUUAG